AUGAGGACCUUCAGCCUUGCCGCCGUCGCAGCCUUGCUGGCCACCGCCAAUGCAGGCACUGUCAUCUGGGACGGCCGCUUCAACGACCUGUCCUCGUCCGCAGACUUGGCUACAUGGUCCUGGUCAAACCAGGUCGGGCCGUACCAGUACUACAUCCACGGCUCGGGCGCCGUCACUGAAUAUGUCAACCUGUCACCCUCGUACAAGAACCCGGCCGAUACGACGUCCAAGCAGGGAGCCAAGAUUACGCUCACCAACACGGCGUACUGGAACGGGCAGAAUAUGCGCCGCACAGAGCUCAUCCCGCAGACUUCCGCGGGCAUCAACAAGGGCAAAGUGUGGUAUCACUUCUCAAUGAUGACGAGCGGCACCAACUACCCAUCCAUCUACCGGGAGCACCAGAUCAACUUCUUCGAGAGCCACUUCACCGAGAUGAAGUCUGGCUGGAUCUCUGGCGAGGCUGCCACGAGCAACCCUAACCUCCAGUGGAUGGUCGGCGGCGUGAGCAAGUGGUCUACCAACUUCACCGCGGGUGUAUGGCACAAUGUUGCUUACGAAAUCGACUUCAGCGCCAACACAGUUGGGUUCUGGCACUCGACCGGCUCAGACCCCCUCAAGCUGACCGUAUCCCCCGUCAGCGCGAGCACAAGCAGCAACGGCGCGGACUGGCACCUGGGCGUGCUCGAGCUCCCCAGGAGCGGGUACUCGGACAGCAACGAGGACUUCUACUUCUCCGGGGUGUACGUCGAGUCCGGCAGCCUGACGACCACGAUCGGAUCCGGAAGCUCAUCGGGCGGAGACUCCUCGCCUGUGCCGUCCAGCACCGCUACGUCCACCAAGAGCACGACCUCGGCCGCGUCAACCACCUCAAAGGCGCCGGCGACCAGCACGGCCUCCUCCGCGUCCGCGACGCCCACAUCUGGCUGCACUGCUGCUAAGUGGGCCCAGUGCGGCGGUACCAACUGGAGCGGUUGCACUGUGUGUGACUCGGGAAGCACUUGCACCAAGUCGAACGAGUAUUACUCUCAGUGCCUGUAG